AUGGCAGAUGAAAAUAAUACGCCUCCGGCCAAUCCUGAGGAACCUAGUCAAGAAGCUGAAACGGGGGAAGCAAACGUCAAGAAAAUCAGCAUCACUGUUAAGUCGCAAAAGCAGAAGGAAGUAAUCGAAGUUGAGGAAACGGCAGAUGUUAAAUCGUUCAAGGAGUUGAUUUCCGAGAAAUUUAAUGCGGAGAUUGACCGCCUGAAUCUGAUUUUCGCCGGGAAAAUCCUCAAAGAUGGGGACACUUUAUCCCAGCAUAACAUAAGGGAUGGAUUGACCGUGUACCUGGUGGUCAAAGCGGCCCCCGCGCCGGACUCCACCUCCACGCGGCCCCCAGGUGACGGAGCGCAGUCCCAAACUAGUUUUAAUCCAUUUGGGGGGUUAGUAGGUUUAAGUUCAAUGGGGAUGAACUCCACCAACUUGGUGGAAAUCCAGCAGCGUUUGCAGAGAGAAAUCCAAAAUAACCCGGCGAUACUUCAGUCGUACCUAGACAACCCCCUCACUCAAAGUUUGAUGAACAACCCUGAGCACAUGAGGACGCUAAUCACCAGCAACCCCCAGAUGCAGGAGCUACUAGAACGCAACCCGGAAAUCGGACACAUGCUCAACAACCCUGAGCUCCUGAGACAGACAAUGGAGUUGGCGCGCAACCCCUCCCUGUACCAGGAACUACUGCGAAGCAACGACCGCGCAAUGGCCAACCUGGAGAGCAUCCCCGGGGGGUUCAACGCCCUUCAACAAAUGUACAGAGACAUCCAAGAACCGAUGUUAACAAGCCUCAGCGAGCAGUUCACCCAGAACCCCUUCGCGGGGCUUUCCGAGAGCAACAACAGUACUACCACCCAACCCGACCCCAACACCCGGUCCAUCCCCAACCCCUGGACAAGCCAACCAAACUCUGGCUCUCAGAACCGGUCAGUGGCCAGUGUCAUGCAGCAAAUGCUGGAAAACUCAGAUCUGAUGCAAAACAUGCUCUCAGCCCCCUACAUGCAGGACCUUCUGGCAGCCCUGAGCGCCAACCCCUCCAUGGCCAACACCCUCCUCUCUGAGAACCCCCUCCUAGCUGGGAACCCAGCCUUGCAGGAGCAGAUUCGCAACAUGAUGCCCCAGUUUUUGCAACAGUUGCAGAACCCCAGCAUGCAGAAUGUGCUCUCGAAUCCGCAGGCCCUCAACGCCAUCAUGCAAAUCCAGCAAGGGAUGGAAACGCUGCGACAGACAGCCCCGAAUUUGCUCAACCCGGCCAAUGCCACGUCGGAGACUGUCACCAGCACUACGACCAGCCCCAGCGAGAGCACCCCCAGGGCUGCGCCCGCGGGGGCGCCCCCAAGCGACAAUUUCUCCGAAUUUAUGGCUCGCAUGGUGGCCGGGAUGGCCAACCAGAGGGAGAAUUUGCCCCCAGAACAGCGGUAUCAAGCGCAGUUGGAGCAGCUGACCUCCAUGGGGUUCACCAAUCGCGAGGCGAAUUUGCAAGCGCUGAUUGCCACCUUUGGGGACGUUUCAGCGGCGAUUGAGAGAUUGUUGCUUUCAGUCAGUUGAACUAGUUAGAGGUAUCGGAAUUUUAAAUGUUUUAUUUUAGGACACGUGAAAGGAUUAAUUCGCAUUGGGAUGGAUGAUUUAGUCUAAUUUUGUGUUACUUGAAUGUCUUCAUUAUAUUUAAUAUGAACUUUUUAAUAAAUGCACCCUUAGGCCGA